GACCCAAGCUUUCGCCUCCAUUAGAUCCCUUCAUUGCUUCGGGACCAUCUCAUGGCGACGCCGCCGCCGCCGCUGCACCUGCUGAGGCUGGUGAUGAGCUGCCGCAAGAUAACGGCGGAGGUCAUCGCCCCCCAGUCGUCGACGAUCGUCGCCAUGGCAUCCUCCGACGAGCCCGAGUUCUUGACCCUGAACCGCGCCCGGAUCAACCGGUUCGCCCCGUCCCGGCUCUUAUGGGAUGCCCGCGUCGCCGCCCGGGUCGGCGAGAAGCUGGGUAUCCGCCUCCGCGAGAUCGGCGUGUCGAACAUCGAGAUCGACCCACUUGAGUUCUCCCGCGCGCCGCACCUCCGACGCCCCGCUGCCUCCCUCUUCGACUCCGUCGAGCGCGCCGGCAUCUGCGUCGCCGGCUCCGAUAAACUCCAUUGGCCCUAAAUGGCCUCCGAUCUCCGACCCUACCUUCGUUCCUUCCUCAAUUCACGGUGAUUUCUGUUAAACACAAUGUCUAAUUUUGUUGAUUUCAUUUGAUAUAAUCAACAGCGAUUCAAGGUGCGACCUUUAGAACAAGACAAAUUUUAAUAUAGUUACUUUACUUA